AUGAAAAUCUUUGUUUUGAUUCUUGCCAUCCUGGCAAUUGUCUAUGCUAAGCCCCAUCCAGGGUACGGAAGGCCUAGUUAUGGAGGAGGAGGUGAUUUCGGUGGCGGUGGUCAAUGGGGAUCUCAAUCAUCUGCCUUUCAACAGAGCCAAAUGUCCGGAGGAUUCCAGAACGGUGGCGGAUUUAAUGGUGGAGGAAUGGGAGGCGGUGGAUACGGAUAUGGAGGAUAA